AUGUCAGUUCAGGUCUCGGGGAGAUCCGCCGGUCAAUCGAAGCUGACGGACAAUGACUUGGGAAGAUAUAUAUUGCAUUACCUUAUGAGUUCUCGAGGCAUUUGCGAAGAAAACGUAUUGCUGAUAGCCCUCAUGAGAUUAUGCGAUGAGCCAGUUGAGGAAGCCGGUGAAAUGGACAUUGAAGGGUGGCAAAAACGAUUGUCUGACGUUAUCAAGAGGAUUAAUCUGAAGCUGAACGGAUUGGAUUAUAAAGUAGUUCAGAUAAGCCAUGGCAUGGGCAAGAAUAUUGUGGCAUCUAAAUCUAAGGAGGCCAUGCAGUUUUGCUCCAGAGCGAUAACUUCUCCUGGCGCCACUGCUUUAUCGGCGACUAACAGGUUUUACGUUUAUAUCGACGUGGGAGCUGUGGAAGAAACGAAAUUGGCGACCAGGUUUAGCCAGAAGGAAGUCGAUUUCAUCAAGCAUGCUAUUCAGAAGACGUGCGAGUCUGGCUUCAACAUAAGACAAGGCGAGGUGUCCGCCACAUCCGCUGUAGUACAAGAGGUGGACCGCGUACGACGUCUUGUUCUUGAGAGAGCAGGAGCAGCUUUUGAGCCCUGGGACAGGUACACGACUUUUGCUGUGGGGUCGAGUCUGCUCACGCAGCAUCGGGCCCUGAAUGCUCUCGAGAUCGAAGACAUGAUCAUAAGACUUUGCGAGUAUAAAUGGUUCUGUAGGAACGAAAAGGGCGAGAUAAGCCUGGACCUAAGAUGCAUUGCAGAACUGGAAGACGACCUACUCUCUACCUACGAAUUUCCUGCAUGCCAAAACUGCAACCGAUUGGCCAUCUACGGCGUGAUGUGUCUCCACACAGACGACGCCCCCGCCAUGUGGCAUGUCGAUUGCUACCAGUACCAGAUCGCUCACAAGGACACACACUGCACAGCAUGCGGAGAGUCAUUGAUCACCAACGGCGUUUACGUUAUAUAG